AUGAUAUGGAAAAUGUGAAAUAGGGGGACAUUUUGGUGUUGUAAAGGUAGGGUGUCUUCUGCUGUUUAAACACUGCAAAUUACCCAGGAUGGAAAGACUUUAAUGGGGGAGUUUCUGAGUUGACGUGCCGUGCAAUGGCCCCAGGCGUCGCUGACCGGAGCGGAUGCCAUAUUCAAAGUUGACUCCCGAUACUACUACUGACGGCUUUAUUUCCUUUUCGCUUCAGCAGGAGUAGUAAGGACCGUAUGUAGUGAGUGUAGUAUAAACACAGCAUCCAUAUGCCACGAUAAAGUAUGGACGGGUGGAGCCCAAUCGUUGCAACAGCCUCGGAUAACGAGCGCUCCAGCUCCGAGGGGGAGUACAUGGUGGAGCCUGGACCCGAAGAUGAAACCCGGGAGGCGGCGGCGGCGGGCAGAGAGCAGCGGGGUAACGUGGAGGGGAUGGACGACGGGGGUACCGCUGCUGUCGGGUUCGGGAUAAGUGGGACUGGGGAAGGCAAGGUGGUGUUGGGUCGGGUCGGACAGAGAGACGACAAAGAACUCAGGUACCUGCACUUGUUGUGGGAGCCCGGACGUGCAGAGCUCGGCGCAGGUGGUGUGGCCAGCAAGCUGGGGAAGAUGACGGGGAGCAGGGCCAGACGGCAGCACAGAGUUGUGCGGAACCUCGGUCCUAUUGGUAAAGAUAUUUAUGCUGUGAAAAGACUGAGGGAAGCGGCGAACAGCAAUGACAUCGACACAGUUCGAAAGCUCCUGCAAGAGGACAUAGACCCCUGUGCAGCAGACGACAAGGGAAGGACUGCCCUCCAUUUCUCUUCCUGCAAUGGCAAUGAGAGCAUCGUGCAAUUGUUGCUGAGCCACGGCGCUGACCCCAACCAGCGAGACAGUCUGGGGAAUACCCCCCUCCAUCUGGCGGCCUGUACCAACCACGUGCCUGUAAUCACCACAUUGCUGAGAGGAGGAGCCCGUGUGGAUGCCCUCGACCGUGCAGGCAGGACCCCUCUUCAUCUAGCACGCUCCAAGCUUAAUAUUUUGCAGGAGGGAGACUCACGCAGCUUAGAAACCCUGAGAGGGGAGGUCACACAGAUUAUUCAAAUGCUGAGGGAAUACCUGAACUUAAUGGGCCAGAGUGAAGCUAAAGAGAGGCUGGAGCACAUUUCCACACAGCUGGAGCACACACGCACCAAAGAGCAGGUGGAUGAGGUGACCGAUUUAUUGGCCAGUUUUACAUCACUCAGCCUACAGAAACAGAAUUUGGGGGAUAGGUAGAAGAUAAAGUGUAUAGAGAGCGGAAGACUUGCUCCUUCACAGACGGGCCUCUGCUCCACUAGCCAUGGCCAGACAAGCAACAGCCUUGUCACCUUAACCAAGAUAAAAAACAAUGAUUAUUUUGUUAGCAUUUACAGACCUCAUGAGGUUUUCAUAGUGUGUGUGUGUGUGUGUGUCUAAAACAAAUGCUAACAAAAUAUUAUCUUGCUUAAAAUGAAAAAAUAAUCAAAUUGUAAUGACCAGGACUGAAGUGUAGUAGGUAUCCAUUGAGCUUAUGGACAAGGAAAGAGUGUCACACAUUGGCUUUUCAGAAAAAAGGACAAAAGAAACCCCCUAAGGGACAAAUGCAUUGAAAAAAUGAAGCUGGUGGAACAGAAGCUAACCCAGAAGUGCAGUGGGACAUCGGCUCUCUAUUGUGUGUGUGUGUGUGUGUGUGUGUGUGUGUGCGUGUGUGUGUGUGUAAAAAGGAGUCACAGCUGUGUGCUGAUAUGUUCUUUGCCUGCCAUUAUUAGUUAAAUUCUAUGAUAAUUAUGAGACAUAUUUCUCACAGAAUCAUAGUUUUCACUGGUGUAUUUUGGGUUUUCUUAUCAGCAGCAUCUUUGUAUCUCGUUGCCUUUUCUCUUGUAUUGCAUGUUAUGUUUGUAUGUGAACUGUACUGUAAAAAUUGAUCUGGCUGUAAAAGGAAUAUAUGUGAUUCAAUAAAUCGAUAUGUUUGGCUAUA